AGCACUCACAAGACAGCGGAACCGAACCUAUGCGGUAUCUAAGGCAACUGAGAUUACAGUUCAUCUUCAUAUUUUAAUUUUGUUUUCGCAUGUUGGACUUGAAAUAACAAUAAGCCGCGACACCGACCGCCCUCGCACACCAAAAUGACGACCCCCGUGGUACUGACACCGCCAGCAAAAAUCAAGCCCCUCCAACAUGGCGCCUACUUCCGAACCAACGCGCUCGGCGAGGGGUCCUUCGGCUCCGUUAUGGUGGUGUACAACGAGGACGGGGAGGAAUUUGCCGCCAAACGCUUCGAGGAGUCCGACGAAGGUGACAUCGAUUCCGCCGUGCUCCGUGAGAUCGCCAUGCUGCGGCUGCUGAGCCAGAUAAGGGACUACCCGCGGGAAAUUAUCCCGUGCUUGGACAUCACGACGAUCGAAGAGGGCGGGCUGUGCAUGAUCAUGCCCAAGUUUAAGUCAGAUCUUUACCACUUGAUCGAGAACAAGCUAUGACAGUGCACAACUCGUCCCCCUCCCCUGUUUGCAUGACAAAUGCUGGAAGCUCAAAGAACAGCACUACAAUCCGUGCAUAAGCUACUUGUCAUGCACAAAUACACGUGUGCUGGAGCUGGUGUUUGUAUUUUUGCUGGUCAUGCUAUACAAAUGAGGGGGAGAAGGAGGAGUUGUGCACUCUCAUACAUGCAGCUAACGAAGCAGAAGGACUCUCUCUCCAUCAUGUACUACAGCCUUCUCGCGUUAAAAUUCCUCCACGAUUUGGGGAUCAUGCACCGAGACCUGAAGUCGGACAACAUCAUGGUUUACGACGAAGAAGUCGCUGGAGCUGGUGCGGCACCAACAACUGCUUCAUCCGGGAAUGGGAAUAAAACUCCAGCAACAUCUUCUAGUAAACCAACCACGAUGCUGAAACCCGUUUUAAUCGACUUCUCCCUGUGCAAGUUCUUCGGCAAGGAUCCCGUUUUCUCCGACCACAAAGAAGAUAAAAAUGUGAGAAAAUCCAAGAAAUCCGCUUCUCAAAAACGGAAGGAAAAACACGAGAUAUCAAAUGUAAAAAUGUCUGGGUCUGGAAAAUUGUGAUGCUGGGUGGCGUCUCAUGAUGAGGCUACAAAUGCUGGCUCAGCAUGACAAGUUUCUGAGCUCCUAGGUGUUGCCUAUUCUGCAUGACAAACUGCGCUUCUGCAUCACAGAAAAACGGAGCUCUUGGGUAACGUGCAUGACAGAUUUAAGAGUCAUGCCAGACAAGCAUGACAAACAUGAAUUCUUCCAGACCCAGACAUUUUUACAUUUGAUAAGGGAAGAAGCAGAACAAAAACGCCGAGGGGAACAAGCAGAAGCUCACCGCAGAGGUCGUAUGCAUUGCAAAUGUGUCUGGGCCUGGACGGAUGGAACUUGUGAUGCUGUGUUUGGAUUCGAAAGAGAUUUGUAUUGCAUGACCAUCAAGAGGAGUCCAGCUCCAGUUUGUGCUACGCGGGGAGGGCAUUUGACAUGCGGAAUAGGCAUCAGGAAGCCUUGUAAAACUCUGUGAGGCUAGGUCAUGCAUUACAGGCGUUAUGGGUCAUGGAAAACAUGCAUGACAAGCCUUGCACUCUUCCAGACCCAGACAUAUUUGCGGUUGAUAGGUCGGCACAAGUACGUACAUCGCACCCGAGGUGGUUCAGGGCCGACAGGACUACGACGAACGGGCGGAUAUGUGGUCCAUGGGUGUGAUCUUCUCCGAGAUUCUGCAGAAAAAAACGAUACAAGCGGAGCGGGACAGAGACGCAUUCAAGGAGUUGGCGGAGUUUAAGCAAAAAUUAAAGCCGGGCACACCAUUUACGACCUUAAUGAGCGGGCUAUUGGAGGAAAAAAUGGAAAACAGAUUUCGAUGUAGCGACGCAAUAGAAAUUCUGAAACCACUAUUGGUGCAGGCAAAGAUAAUAAGCCAAGAAAAUGCAGCAGCAGAAGGAGAAGCAGCUAGCGUAGACAAAGAUAAUUCGAAGCCGGAGUUUCUCAGCGCCCCAACGGCGAUCAAACAAUGCUCCCUCGAGUCCCGCAACCUCUGCAAGCAGUGGACGGAGAUAAUCGAAUUCGGGAGUAAAACCCGCGAUACCGCGGAAGCGUUCUGCGGACAGCUCGAGGCUUUAGAUGGAGAAAACGGAUUCAAGUGGAACAGCAAAUGGGACGCGUUGUACUGUGUGCUCAUGGCGGGCAAGCUGUGGGAAUUGGAGUUGAUCGACAUCUGGGAACUGGACGAUGAGUGGGCCGAUGAAUUUAAGAAAUUUGACCCCAAUCUGUUCAUCGAACGGGAACUUGAGUUGGGAAAAUUGCUGGAUUGGAAUUUCUACUGGAAAAGGAUGAAGUAAAAGAAUACGACGACAACAAGUCCUGCUUGCGGCGCUUCUAUACGUUUUUCCAACGGCAAGAACUCUACUCUUUCGGCACCAACCACAAGCGACAUCUUUUCCGCUGUGUUUCUGGUAUUAUAUCAGGGAAUAAAUUUCAAUUUCAUCCUGUUACCACGACAAAACACAAUCAAACAAAACUACAUUGGUUCCGAUAACCACGUUUUACGUUUCUUGUUCAUGG